AUGCAGUCCGAGCCAGAGGACGAUGAACCAGCCCUCAAUACGGCACAGAGGGGCAAGAAAAAGUCGAAGUCCACUCUGAUUACAUCUUCUGCACCAGCGCAGCCUCGUCCCAAAUGGACCAAGCAACCCACCGCCGCUCAUUUACAGCAAGCACAAAUCGACAGCGCUGCGCAGGCGAAGCUCGUGGAAGACUUGCAGCGCAAGCUUGCCAAGGAGAAGCGCAAAAACGAGCGUAUCGAGGGCAAGAGAACUUCCCUCUGCACAUCUCAUCAUAUACUAAUCGCUUUCCAAGCUGAACUGAACGAUCUGGACAACUCUCGUUUGCGAGCCGAGUCGGAAGAGCGAGAUGAGCCCCAGGUCCAAAUGUCAUCAUUUUCAGGCUCUUUCCGCUCUAAAGGUAUUGUGGGUGGGACCAAGUUGGUACCGGUCCCAGCGAAACAUCUGUAUCGGGCCGGCGAGAAGCCAGUCAGAUACUCUCAAGCUCCUGCUGGUGAGGAUUACAACAAGGAAGACGAAGAUGAUGAGCAAGACGAAGACGAAGACGAAGCACAGCAGGUUGGAAAGCACAGUGACGGUGGGCUGCAAGACGAGGACGAGGAUCCAUUCAACAAUCACGACUCCCAUUCCUCAGUGUCUCCCCCAUCAUUUGUCAUACACAGUGCCCAAUCACUGACUCCAACACCACACACACCCACCAAUUCGUCGUCAGCCAUCCACACACCCAGCACAGCUGUGCCGCCAUCUACACAAGUCCAGAAGCGCAAGAGCACCGGGAGCGUUUCCACAUCUUCUGGGAGCCAGAAGCGCCGCAAGUUGGGCCCACCGGGAACAGCGGAGAAAGUUCCGGCCCUCAAGAAGGUUCAGUACGUCAAUGGACACUCGCCGGCACGGGCUCGCACCAACGCUAGCGACUUUGUUCAUGCUGUCGAGCUCAAGGUCAAUGAGGCUCGCCACAUCUUUGCUAUCAAGGUCUACACUAUCAACGGCUUUCCGACACCGGCGCAGGAGGACGAAUGGGUGGACGAGUGCUGGUUCAAGGUCAAUGAGAGGUCCGUGGAGAAGUAUGAGCUCAUUGACCGCGUGUCCAAAAUGUACACCACCAAUGCUCGCACCGUCAUGAUUACCGCCAUCCGUCCUCUCAUUCCUGGUGCAUUCAAUCUCCGCUCCGGUCUUGAUGCUGCUACCACCACUGCGAACGAGGAGACCGCUAAGCGAUUGAUUAGGAAGGCAUCCUUUCACUACAAGGAUACGGUCGCGGAAACGGGGUUCAUUCAGGGCCCGAUCAUCCACGAUGCGCUGAAGGCGGUCUGCUUCCCGCAAAAGAAGUGCCAGGGCGUUGAGUUUGCCUCUGAGUUCUCGCCCAUCCGCGUCGAAACACUUGCUCUGCUCUUCACUAUAAUCGAGUUCUUGCUUCGCGAGUGGGAGGACGGCACUUUCACGAAAGCCACCUUCGAUGAGACCGAGGGUGCUAGAUGGUACAAGACACACCUCGGCAACAUCACGGACUGGAAUGCGUUGCUUCCAGCGUCGUCCGAGAGGUUCCGCCAAGCCCUGCAUGACACACUGCGACAAGGUGUUGGGGCCGCGCGUAUCCAGUCUGCUGGAUCUCUUGACGACGCUGCACGUGCUCGUGCACUUGCAGAGCUAGAGGCGAUGAACGUCAAUGAGCCGAUCGUCAUUGCUACGGAUGCUAGUCGGGCCGCUGCUCAAAUUGCCUCGGGAUGGUAG